AUGUCCGGCAUGGAGACUCAGAUCCCACUCCCCACUGGCCGAGGUGCAACCCCCAGGGACCAGCCUUCCGCUAUUGUCAAGUACCAGCCCUUGGAAGGAGUGGAGGAUCCCAACCGAUACCAGCAUGGAGGAUUCCAUCCCGUCACCCUCAAUGCCGUCUUGAACGACCGCUAUGUCGUCCGUCACAAGCUGGGAUGGGGUCGAUUCUCGACUGUUUGGUUGGCCGUUGACAUGGGAGAAGGCGAGCAUUACAUGCAAAACGUCGCCAUCAAGGUCGGUGCUGCCCGCAAUGGUCUGACCCAGGAAACGGCUGUCCUUGAGCGCCUACAGGAGCCUAGCUCGAUUGUCCCCACCAACGUCAAUGAGUUGAUCCCGCCUGCCCUAAGCAGCUUCCAGAUCCACGGAAUCAACGGCAUUCACCCUUGCCUGGUGACAAGUGUGGGAGGCGCAACCCUCGAGCAAGCCAAAUGGGCGUCCUCUCAAGGUAUCCUCCGCCUCGACGUCGUGCGAAUCCUGGCCGCCCAACUGGUAACCGCCGUGGCCCAUGUGCACGAGAAAGGCAUCGUUCACGGUGACCUCACCUUAUCGAGUGUGCUGCUUCACUUACCAUACGAUGUAAAUUCACUCACCCACCUGGACAUCGUCGAAGCGUAUGGCCCCGCCAUGCUCCGACCCGUCCAACGCAUCGAUGGCCAGCCGCUCACAGCAGAGGCACCCCAGACCUGUGUCGAGCCGAUCAGAUGGCGCCCGGUCCCCGAGGAGAUUACGCCCACCGGCGCCCGCAUCAUGCUGGCCGACUAUGGAGAGUCCUGGACCGCGGAUUCCCAAGUCAGAUGCGACUCGACCGUGCCAGAUGUCUACCAGCCCCCGGAGGCACGCUGGGAUCCCCGAACCCCCAUGUCCCGCCCCUCAGACAUCUGGACCCUGGCCUGCACCUUGUGGGAUCUCGUCGCCUGGUACCCGCUGUUCGGAACUUGGUACCACGGGAACAAAGACAUCACGGCCGAGCAAAAUGCCGUCCUGGGCAAAUUGCCUCGCGGGUGGUACUCUCAGUGGGGACGAAAGUCCAGUUAUCGCCGGAGCCGAUUUGAUCACGAGAAUCGGCCGAUCGAUCCUGAGAAGUACCCGGAUCUCGAAGGUCGAUUUGAGACCGUGGUGCAGCGGUGCCGGCGCGAAAUGGGUAUGGCGACAAUGGAGGAAGCUGAGAAGGAAGCCUUCCUGGAGAUGUUGAGAUCGAUGCUGAAAUGGCAACCGGCAGAACGGCUGACUGCCGAUGCUAUUCUCCGGUCUAGCUGGAUGAAGCAUUGGGCUCUUCCUGAGUGGGACAGACAGCGGAUGAUCGCUGCCAGCUUUGACCAGCCCAGCGGCGAGACUGGUGAAGUUUGGCUCGAGGAUCCCGACUUCUUCCCGGACUGGCUCCAUUUCCCGGUCUAG